UGGCGCAUCGUUUAUCAUCCAAAGAUACAACGACCGUGUCUUCUCGAGCUCUCUCCCUGACAGAAGUAGCUAGCUAGGUAUGGCUGGAGGUGGAUCGAUUGCCAACGAUGGUGAAGCAGCCGCCGGCGGCAACGGCGGCGGUGACGAGGUGACAUUUACAGUUGUUAUGAGCUGCCUCACGGCGGGCGCCGUCGGGCUCUUACUUGGGUACGACAUCGGUGUUACAGGUGGGUUGACGCAGAUGGAAUCGUUCCUGCAGGCGUUCUUCCCGGAGGUCCUGCGGAAGAUGUCCAGCGCGAAGCAGGACGCGUACUGCAUCUUCGACAGCCAGGUGCUCAACGCCUUCGUCUCCUCCUUCUACCUCUCCACCAUGGUCGCCAGCCUUGUCGCCGGCCACCUAACCAAGACGCUGGGGAGGAGGAACUCGCUGCUGAUCGCCGGCGUGCUCUUCUUCGCCGGCACCCUCCUCAACCUGGCCGCCGUGAACAUCAGCAUGCUCAUCAUCGGCCGCAUCCUCCUCGGCGUCGCCGUCGGCUUCAGCAGCUUGGCUGCGCCGGUGUACCUGGCGGAGAUAUCGCCGGCGCGGUGGCGCGGCGCGUUCACGUCCUCCAUAGGCCUCUUCGCCAACUUUGGUUUCUUGAUGGCCGACAUGAUCAACUACCGCGCCACUACCAUGGCGAGAUGGGGUUGGCGCCUCUCCCUCGGCGCCGGCAUCGUCCCGGCCCUCAUCGUCAUCGUGGGCGCCGCGUCCAUCCCGGACACGCCCAACAGCCUUGCGCUGCGCGGGAGGCUCGACGAGGCCCGAGACUCGCUGCGGCGCAUCCGCGGGGCCGGUGUGGCCGCCGCCGACGUCGACGCCGAGCUCAAGGACAUCGUCCGCGCCGCCGAGGAGGACAGGAGGUACGAGUCGGGCGCUCUGCGGCGGCUCCUCCGGCGCGAGUACCGGCCGCACCUGGUGAUGGCCGUGCUCAUCACGGUGUUCUACGAGAUGACGGGCGGGGUCGUGGUCAGCAUCUUCACGCCGCUCCUCUUCUACACCGUCGGGUUCACGAGCCAGAAGGCCAUCCUCGGGUCCAUCAUCACCGACGUCGUCAGCAUCUCCUCCGUCGCCGUCGCGGCGGUCGUGGUGGACCGCCGCGGCCGGCGCACCCUGUUCAUGGUGGGCGGCGCCGUGCUGAUCCUGUGCCAGGUGGCCAUGGCGUGGAUCUUCGGCGCGGAGCUGGGCACCGACGGCGGGAGGGCGAUGCCGCGGGGGUACGCCGUCGCGAUGGUGGCGGUCGUGUGCAUGUACGCGGCGGGGCUAUGCGUGUCAUGGGUCCCGCUCUCGUCGGUGGUCACCAGCGAGAUCUUCCCGCUGGAGGUGAGGUCGGCGGCGCUGGGGCUGGGCGGCGCCAUCUCGUCGGCGCUCACGUUCAUGCAGUCGCAGUCGUUCUUGGAGAUGCUGUGCAGCUUCAAGUACGGCGCGUUCGCCUACUACGCCGGAUGGUUGGUGAUGAUGACGGCGUUCGUGGCGGCGUUCCUGCCGGAGACGAAGGGGGUGCCGAUCGAGUCCAUGGGCGCGGUGUGGGCGCAGCAUUGGUACUGGAAGCGCUUUGUCAAGCUGGCACCGGCCAAGCAGGCCGAUGGGCCAGAAUGAUGCGUUGGGAAUCGGGUUUCGCGGCACGUGUCCAUGCGGUGGUGUACCUAGGAUUUCGUUGAGCCCGGGGCCGAGCGUAAUGGUUGUUCGAAACCAUAAGCGCUACUAGGUGUAAGAUAUGCUUGUUUAACGUUAACUAGCUGGUGGCCCGCGCAAUUGCGUGGCUAACACCUAAACAAAACAUAUAUUUUUUACUAUGAUUUUACUUAAAAUUUAUUAAAUAGUUAUGUCAUUGUCUUAAGAUUUUGAAAGACCAAA